UUCUCGUGUCCAGCCUGCACACGAGCAAUCGAGGGUGCCUGGAUGUUUUGAGGUUUAUGGAGAACUAAAGAAAAGAUUGUAUAUAUUCGUAAAAUUGUUGAAGAAACAAAAGUCAAUGGACAGUUUGGAGUCACGCAAGAAAAAGUAAGCACUAUUGCAAAGACGUUUAUUGUACACAAAGGAGCAUGGACAACAUAGUCAAUGACAUUUCUAAACAAGGCAACAACAGAAAAAUAGAAAGUCUGGAGAUGUCACAAGAAAAUGGUCACCCUUGUCGACAUUCCUUUACAGGCAAUAAAGAUCCCUCUACAAGAAAUAAACUUAAAUUGACUCUUUUAGAUUUGCCCCCUGAAGUAAUACUGCAUAUUCUAGCAUUUCUGGAUGCAAGGUUCACCCUGUGUAUUCUGUGCCAAGUUUGUAAGACCUUCUAUCAUCUACUAUGCUCGGAGGCAAGUUGGAAAACCAGGUUUGCCAAGAGAUGGCCCCAUAGAGACAGAAAGGAAGACUAUGGUUAUGUUGCAAGUUGGAAGAAAGUUUGUGUUGAGCAUGAAGACAUGGAUAAGUUCUGGAGAAAUCCUGGGGAGGACCUGCAAUUCUUCCAGCUGAAGCAGCACUUUGCACCAGUUGAUGCAGUGCUAAUCAUGGCAGGAGGAAGGCUCUGUGUGUCUGGUUCCCGGGACAGAUCCAUAGGGAUUUGGGACCUCACUAAGCUUACCGAAGAGGAGCCACAGAAAGCAUUUAAGCAGUCUUUAGAUGGACAUAAGGGCUGGGUGUGGUCUCUUGCUUGUGACCCUAUGGGUGAAUCAAGAUUGUGCUCAGGCUCUUGGGAUAAUUCUGUCAAAGUCUGGGAUCUGAGAGGGAGCAUUGUGGAAAUGACAAGUAUAAGGGAGCAUCGAGCUGCUGUGUUAUGCAUGGAAUGGAAGCAGGAUGUUCUUGUUACUGGAUGCUAUGACAAACAUGUCAGAAUGUUUGAUCUUAGAGAUUCCAACCGUGUCAUUGCAAAAUUGAAGUACCAUAGUCGUCCUGUGUUAUGCCUUACUGUUGAUGACCACUUUAUUGUUAGUGGUAGUGAGGAUAAAACAAUGUGUGUAUAUGACAGACGAGCUUGCUCUCUUCUCAAAACCAUACAGCUUGCAAGUCCUGCCUUCAGCAUGUGUCACAGUCUUCGCACAGGAUAUAACUACCUACGCGUCGGUGGAAGAGCUGGAAAUAUAUAUCUUAUAGAUGUCACAAAUGAAGCUUACAACCCAGUGGAGUCAAGCAUAGACCUAGAAUUAGGCCCUAAAGGGAAAAUAAAUGGGAUUUGUCACUAUGGGGGAGCUGUGGUGGCGUCUUCUAGUGACCACUCCAUCAAGAUUUUAGAGCCAUCCCAAGUCCCUACAGAAAUUUGCUCAUUAAACAGACAUACAGGAGAUGUUGCCUCAGUCAAUAGCUGCUCUGGUGUGCUGGCGUCAGCGUCAAGUGACCUUUCCGUGGGGAUCUGGCGACCAAAAUCAUGGAAUUUAUUUGUCUAAAAGCUGAAAUCAAACAAACAGUAAUAGGGAUUAUUUAAGUGAGACGCGCGCUACCGUGGCCACCGUUACAAAGAUAUAUAGUGCUGCACGGCUACCUUGGCCACUAAUACAAGUUGUCAUAGUGCGACACGCGCUACCGUAGCCACCAAUACAAAGUGUUAUAGUGUAACGCGCGCUACCGUGGCCACUAAUACAAAGUUUUAAGAAAGCAAGCAAUAAAUAGUUUUGACUGUCACGAGCUUAAAAGCUAGGAGGAUUUUGACAUUCCCUGAUUUGCGCUCAAGUAGUUCUUCGCAUCGCUAGUUGGCUAGUGAAAUUCAUGUCAAUCAGAUAGUACGAUGCUCGCAUCUUCAUUGUUUUUUAUUGGUUCACUUAACAGAACUUUCAUGAUGUAACCACACUAGCGCGCGUCGUACUGCAACAAAGGAAGCCCAGUCAUAGUGUAACCACACUAGCGCGCGUCGCGCUGCAACAAAGGAAGCCCAGUCAUGGUGUAACCUCACUAGCGCGCGUCGCACUGCAACAAAGGAAGCCCAGUCAUGGUGUAACCACACUAGCGCGCGUCGCACUGCAACAAAGGAAGCCCAGUCAUGGUGUAACCUCACUAGCGCGCGUCGCACUGCAACAAAGGAAGCCCAGUCAUGGUGUAACCUCACUAGCGCGCGUCGCACUGCAACAAAGAAAGCCCAGUAAUGGUGUAACCUCACUAGCGCGCGUCGCACUGCAGCAAAGGAAGCCCAGUCAUGGUGUAACCACACAAGCGCGCGUCGCACUGCAGCAAAGGAAGCCCAGUCAUGGUGUAACCACACUAGCGCGCGUCGCACUGCAACAAAGGAAGCCCAGUCAUGGUGUAACCACACAAGCGCGCGUCGCACUGCAACAAAGGAAGCCCAGUCAUGGUGUAACCACACUAGGGUGCGUCGCAUUGUUAGAAGUCGUGUGCUAUGACCUGAUUUUUAUGGCCAGUCUUCAAAUCAAAUAUGAGGAAUAUACAAGGUAAUUGGGUCAUUAUAAUUUUAGAGUGGAUCACUUUUUCAUGGUUUAUAUCUCUUUUCUGGAAGGUUUCUUGCAAUAGAAAAUUGUAAAUAGAGUUCAAUAUUCAUUAAAGUGUUCAUGAAUUCUCGA